AUGGGGCCCAGUCAAGUGGCCAAGAGUCACGCAAGGAUUAAUUCCUGGUGGAAUUCCAAAAUUCGAAAUGUCUCGUUGCCCGAUGAUAUUUUGGAGGCGUGGUCAGUUCAAUGGCAGCUUGAUUUGAUUAAAGUGCUGAUCCAGACGCAAAAGGAGAAAAUAUCCCUCGCCGAGGCAACACGCAAAAUAAUACGAGAACAGGUCAUAUUGGCGCUGUACGAUGGCAUCUCUGCAUCACUAUUACGUCAGUACACUUAUACGUUAAACCGUUUUGGAUUUUAUACGGCUGGUGUUAAAAUCGUGGACACGACCACGAUGACCAACAAGAUGUUACUCGUCGCAUUUGGGGGCGGAAUAGGAGGUCUUGUGGGUGCACCGGCUGAUUUGCUCAAUGUGCGGCUGCAGAAUGAUGUGAAAUUUCCGCCCAAAAAGCGAAGAAAGUAGAUAUUAGCUUUUAGAAUAGUUUAGGUUUGGGAUCACUACAUAUAUAUAUACGUACAUUUUUGUAUCGGUUAUAUCGGCGAUUACGGCAACGGCACUUACCCUGCCCAUCGAUGUGGCCAAAACGUGUCGCAUGAACGCAUGUCCCGGUGAAUACUCCUGCAUGGUAGAUGUAUUCUUCAAGACUGCACUGGAGGGACCAAUGGCAUUUUUUACUUUGCUUCAUUAUUGUGUUGCGGUGUUUAGUUGCCAUAUGCGGUAUGUGCCUUAUUUUCCUUUCUGUUUGGGGGUUUGGGGCAUCGUCGUGGCGUGAAACUUGUGUCGUGACGCCAUUGUCUCCUUAAACGUGAGGACAACUGUCAGCUGAUUAUUUGUAUUUGAUUUGUCUGUUGCACAAAUAAACAGAACACUUUUACGCGACUCAGUUAAGAGAAUCCAAUCUG